CGCGUCUGUGCUCGUUCUAAUGUUUCGCAAUCGGCCAAAGUCGCAUUGACAGAACAUCGUGGCAGCUGAAUACUCCUCCAAGGCAAUCUGAAGCUUUGCUCUUGAGCGGUGGGAGGCGCCCCGAACUUUUGUCAUGGAUUCGCAACUCCUGUUGUUUAGAAGGCAGUACCUGCAGCUUUUCGAGCCAGACUUCCUGGCAUGGCCCCCGAAAGAGCUUCUGCGAGACUCUGCCAUCCAAGCUUGGUUGUACAAGCACUUAUUUGACAGCGACAAGAAUCAGUACUUGCCUCCACCGCGAUAUCAGUUGCGAGUUCUCAAGCCUCUGCUUGCGAGAAUUGAAAAGUCCAUUCAAGAUCCUGAAGAAGAUGAGAUUUCGGACGAUCUCAUGAAUCAUCUGGGCGAGCUCAUGUCUGCAGAUCUGCCAGGUGAAGCCACAGCCGUGCAGCAAAAGACUUAUGUCACUUUCACGUGUCUUCCACCUACAGCUACUAUCAGAGAAGACUACAAGGACGAGCCGACGAUUACUCUCCUCGAGAGGCCCCAACUGCUGUCAGGCUCUCUGACGACAGGAUUCCGAACGUGGGAAGCAGCACUUCAUCUUGGCUCCUACCUCCUGCUUCCCGAAAAUGAGCACCUAAUCAAGGGCAAGAGCCUGCUUGAGCUGGGAGCUGGUACUGGCUUUCUGGCGAUUCUAGCUGCAAAACACCUCGGAGCAAAGCAUGUCACAACGACAGAUGGCGACGAAGGUGUUGUAGAGGCUCUCAAGGAGAAUCUCUUCCUCAACGGGUUAGAUGAUGAGACGAAAGUGCUUACGAGCGUGCUCCGAUGGGGCAGAGGCUUGAAAGCUACUUGGGUUGAAGAGGACUGUGAAGCAUAUCCUUACGAUGUGAUACUGGGUGCUGACAUAACAUACGAUAAGACUGGCAUCUCAGCGCUGGUGGCCACUUUGCGGCUUCUUUUCGAGCUCAGACCACAACUGCACAUGCUCAUCUCUGGUGUUGUCAGAAAUCUGGACACUUUCGAAACGUUCAGACAGUCCUGCUUGCGUAACCAUUUCGAGGUCACUGAGAUCGACUUUCAGCCCAAGUCAAUAGAACAGCAAACGUCUCUGUUCUAUCAGAAGGCGUUUCCGAUCAAGAUUUUGUCGAUCAAGAAGCCUUAAUGACACAUCGUCUACGUAGAUAUCGCUUCACUACGAUCAAUUUCCCCGAC